AUAACGAGCUCCGAUUUACGCGUUGUCUUAUCCCACUGGAAACGUGUUGGUCAAUUUUUUGCCAUUCGAAUGGAGAUUUUUAUUUUAUUUUAUUUUGUUUUGCUUCAUUUUGUUGUUAUUUUUUUCUUUCCUCCGGCCGCACGCAGCGCAGCUAACACCCAGAAUCGUUUUACUCCUAAGGGGGCAUCACCAUUUAGUGGGACAACGUAUGCACACGAAUGGGAGGGAAAAUAAAAAUGCCUCCCACAUUGUUUGUUCCGUUUUGUCUAAAGGAUUCACCCUGUUGAUGUUAUAUGUUGACCGCUUUGUUUCAAAUGAAGGGGUCGAAGGUCCUCCUUUUUUGUCUUACAGGAUGGCGAGAUAAUUGUGUUCGUUUAAUUUUUUUUUUUUUUUUGUAUUUUCGCCCAAUUAGCGCAGUUGUACUGGUUUUACUUCCUCCACUUUGUAUAAUUUUUUUCAUUUGUCUUUUGGCACGCCCAAUUCCGCGUUAAGUUAAGGGACUCUCUAGGCCCUCCACUCAAUGCCGCCACAAAUUACGGAGCAUAAUUUUUUACCAUUCACUUGUCACAACGCAGUGUGCGUUAUUUCUCCACUGGGGGAUCCAAAGCGAAGUUACACUUAAAAAUAAACUUGCACAUAUCGAACGAAUUGCCAGAAAUGCAAAAAGGAGUGCCACAACGGAAAGAACAAAACUAUGCCAGACAGAAUAUGAAGCGAACGGGCAGGAGACCCAGUGGGAAUUCCCCACAGGAAAGCUCCUUUCCAUUGGGAAGAUGUAAAUCGAGCGAAGGUAGCCAGUUAAUGGAGGAGGACAGACGUGGGGGAAGCGAGUCGAACGGGUCCAGCACCGAAGAGGGGGUGUUUACCCCAAAUGAUUACAGCGGAAGUAAGAAAAAUACGAUCAACAUAAAGAUAAAAAAAAAGGCAAACGGGAAUUUGCAACACUCGAAGAAUGGGGGGGAAAAAGAGGAGCAGAAAUCCUUCAUCAAAUCGCUAAUAGGUAAGAUAGAAGAAAUGUACAAAAAAGGAUCACGCGAGGAGAAAAGGAACUCACAUGAAGUGCCUCUCCAUCCCAGACCUGCCUUCCUUUUAAAUGAAUAUCUGAAUGUAGAACCGACGAAUUACGUGACGUAUAGACGUAGGACACCCCACAAGACUCUACGCCGAAGCGAUUUCAUUGGAAUAAAUUUAAAGCCCUUUGUUAGAUUUAAGAGUCAUCAAAAGUGGGAUGACAGUCCUGCCAAUCGGAGCGGUGAUCCGAGGAAAAGGGCCAUUAUAAAAAUUUCGAACCAGAGCCCUCACGAAAUAUUUAACCCCAUGUGCUUCAGCACAAAUCGAUCCUCGUCUGUGUACCCCAAGCCAGCAAAUUUUUACUCCCUAAAAAGUGAUGCCAUGAGGGGGGAUGUGCCCUUCUGGGGGGACCAACGAGUGAAAAAGGGAGUGGGCAAUGCGGUAGGCAAUGCGGUAGGCAAUGUGGUAGGCAAUGUGGUAGGCGCUCCGGUAGGCAGCCACCACUUGGGCAUAUUCACAGAUAAACAAUUUAGAGGUCCCAAUAUGCAUGCCACUCCCUUCGUGCACUUGAAGCCAGUCCAAAGGUGUGCAACGUAUAAUCCAUGGUGUGGGGGAAGCGCUGCUGGGAAUGUGAACAAUCCGGGGGGUGCUUACCACGUGAAGGGGACCCACCAGAAUAGACGCCGCGAUGACAAAGCAGGGAAGGGAGAGAAGCGAGAAAGCAAAAUUAGAGUAAGGAUAAACGGAAAGGGAGCGGGAAGAAAGAACGAAGGUGAUGGUGACGGGGGAGAUGGCCAUAGUGAGGGAGGCAAAACUGAAUCUGGCUCAGUGAACAAUCGUACGCACCAUGGAAGGAACCGUCUAGCCAACGAGCAUAUUCACUUAGGGAAACCUAACGAGAGAGACUCACAGGAAAAGGAGAAAAAAAAAACAUUCCGAGUUAACCUGUCUCUACCGUUGAACAACCCCAUGGGGAAGAAUUACAAUGAAGGGGAAAGCACAGCCCAUCUGGGUGACCACACCAACGGAGGUGCCCCCUCCCACGUGUUAUUCACCUCGAAAGGAGAAAGAGUAAUGAACUUACAUGUGAAGAACAGGGCGAAUGAAAGAAUUAGGCUUCGAUAUGCAGGUAAAGAUGGGGAAGAUAGGGAAAGCGCUAAAAUGUGUUCCCAUUCCACUUCUACAUGCGACACGAUAAAGCAGAGUAGGCUCCUCUCUGGCACUUAUUCAUCAUUGGGGGGGAGUCAACAGAGCAGCUGCAGGAAGUGCAGGAAGUGCCAUGGAAGCGGCUUAAACAUCCAGUGUAUGCAUGGCAGCAGCGAGGGAGGCAACUCUUUGCAAAAUAAAACAAGGAAAGGGAGAGAGUUGCAUAUUUACGAAGAGGGGACUACGCGGAGGAGUGCAUCCACGUGGAGCAAAGCUCCAGAACAGCAUCACGUCCAGCAUGAAAGGGGACUUCACCACAGAGAGGAUCAUAAAAGAAUGGGGAAGAAUUCAUCCCAGCUUAGGACACAGACAGAGCAGAAUAGAUGCGUAGGGGGUGCCCCCUCGGUGACGAGACAGCACAGGAACGGGUGUCUCCAAUUGGAAGAUAAUACAAAAGGGGAACCAACUCUAUCAAGGGGGGACUGCGAAUCAGGUGAUUCAAAAGAUGAACGCCAUAAAUACGGAGUGGAAAAAAAAAGCGAAGCAGUGAAGAACGAAGGGAAGCUUCUCUCAUCAACGCAACGUAAUGAGAAGUUCAUAAUCGGUUGUGGAAAAGAUGUACCGCAGCGAAACUGCAAAAUGUUAACUUGGGGAAACUCAAAUAGUGGCAGCCGAAGAUACACAUUAGAUAGUAGUGCGCGGAAAAUGGAAGAAAAAUCCUCUGACAGAAAUCGAGAGAAGUCCCUCACUUGUAGUAACUCCCUACAGGGGCAACAAAAAUAUAAACACUUGAGGACGAUUACUAUACCGUCAGACAGCGUAGACGGAAUGGAUGAAAAAAACCCAAGGGGAAGACAUCCAAUUAGGGAAGGAGAAAAAUUUAGGGGGGAACACCCCAUUGCGAGUGCCUCCAACAUGUCAAGCAGAAUAGCUACUCAGGAUGAUGAAAUGGGAAAAUACAAAAUGGUUAAGUACUACAAACCGGGGGGUAAAAAGGAAUGCAGAGGUCGGUCCUGCAUCUGCGAAGGUGGAAAGCACAGUCAUAGCUACAACGGGGUGGGGGAAAAUAAAGGGAGUCGCGUAAAGGCUAACCCGUUUAGUGCUCCAAAUGAACUGUUAGAAAUAAAAGACAAACGGGGGCGAAGCAGAAGUGUUGCUACAGCGUUGUCAAACAGGCAGCGUAACAAAAAGAGGGAGGAAUUUCCCCCUGACCAGUCAGGUGGAAGUUACCCCUGGACAGGUUCAUCACGAAGGGGGGCAAACACAACUGCUGCUCCACCGAACGAAGUUGAGAGUAGCGAUAGUGACAGCCAUCACCACAAUGGGGAACGCCUAUUCUCCAAAGGAAAAGAAAAAAAAACAAAAAAAAUGAAUAUGCACUCGAAGGGUAGUUCCCUCUGCUUAGAGGGAGAAGCGAAUUACAACUCGGGGAGGACUAACCCAUUUGAGAAAUAUAAAUCGCAUAGUGGCAACCACUCCAGACGUCUCCACAGAUUUAUGGAAGGUACAAACAGUGGAGCUCGAGACUGCGCAGUUUGGGAACAGAGCCAAGUGGACGGCCCGGAAAACUGCUUAUGGCACAGCACAGAGCAGGCGUAUGCCCAAUCAGGUGAAGAAAUUUCACGCAGGAAAGGAGAAGCUCAUAAAAAUGAAGCGCGCCAAUCUGUUGUGUAUCAACUGGGGGAAGGCAGAACACAGGUGAGGGAAAGCCAAACAGGGAACACUUCCUUUCCGCAAAAAGUGGGAGGAAGGGCAGAUGGGGGAAUUUCAACCAAUCCUGAUUUUGAAGACCACACAGACUAUAGCAUUAACGGUAGAAUGCGUCACCGAAGUGAACUUCAAUGGGCAUCAAAUUGUAAAGGGGCUGCGCGAAGGGACAAAACGGAGAAGCAGCGCGAACAAUGUAGGGAGAGCAACUCCCAUUCGGACCACAAUUAUGAAGAGAAUCUUUCAAACCUCCCAUCAUCUCAGCCGUUUUUCCCUAACCGCUUGCAAAGAAAAAGUAGAAAAAUGAGGAGUGCUUUAUCGGGGGACACGUCUGCACGGAAAAAGCGUCCCCAUUCAAGGGGAGGAACUGCCAGCUCGGGUGAAAGAUACGAUAAAGGGAGGAGCAGCAACAGGUGGGGAAACACCUCCUCUUCCAAUUUUUACGAUUAUCAUGGGGUGAACAACGUAGAAAGGGUUCUUUACAAUUCGGGGGUGGCGUCCAAGGAGGAGGAAAAGGCAGGCACGGGAGGUGGGAGCAGUGACAGAAGGAGUGUUAGAAGGAACCGCAGCAUCGAUCGUGCAAGCGGUGUGUAUCACUCACACGGAAGGCAUCCCCGUGGAGGCACGAAAGGAACCGCAGAAUGGAGCCUUCAUCAUGAUAGGAACAGUAAUGUGUUGUCUUGUAAAGGUGCUGGUUUGGCAAAAAAUGCGAAGUGGCAUUUCCCCGUGGGCACUCUCCCGAAUAGCUGCGUCCACACGUCGCACCUCAGUGGAAGCGCCAUGACGUCAAAGAAGCCAACCGUGAUAGAUAGCGAUGCGCAGAGUGAUGAGAGUGGAGGUGCCCACGACAAACGGGUUAGCGUAGAAAGGAGUUUCCACUGCGGGGGGGAGAACCAAUUCUGUAGCGAUGGGGAUGAAGCAAUAGCUAGAAAUACCCAGUCGAAGGAUGGAGAGAGCCACGUUUAUCGCACCCGCGAACCGGUUGGUAGAAAGGGAAGGGGUGAAACAUCCAGCGAGCGAAUGGCUGAUGGGAGGAGACUGCACAACGGAGGCACACACCAGGGUAGUCAGAACCUCCUAUCGAAUGAGAAGAGGCGAACCCCCCAAAGGGCACAUAACUGCUACGAUGAGGACGAAUACGAAGGAGGGCCAAGCCGUAGAAUGAGGAAGGCCAGAAAACGUAGUGAAAACUGCCACUCGGAAGAAACAUCCACAGAUCAGUUCGCCAGACUGGACAAUUUAAACUCUCCUCAGGGUGACGAAUCGGACAUGAGCAGAAUCGGUCAUGGGGUAGAUCUACACGCAGCAAUGUGUGGAAGCAGGGAAAGGGGUAACUCCUCCGUGAAAAGAUACACAAAAGGGGGCACCUCAUCCGGGGGAAAUAUCUCCAAUUGGGGAAACAUAUUGAGAGAAAAUUCCUCAAAGGACGAAACGGGGUUCCCAUAUGGCCCUGACUCAAUGCUGAAGGGGAGUAGUGGAGAUAUUUUCCGCAAAGGAAGUGGCAGCUCGAGUUAUCACCACAUGGGAUUCAUUUCGAAUGGGCAAAAGGAACCCCUGUGUAGCGGUGAUGAGGCAGGGAGAAGCAUUUCCUUAGGUGGGGGGAGAGCUCCAUCCAGAAGGGAUACAUGCGGCAAGAAAGGGAACAACUCGGGGCACUCAAUCGAUGAGCAAACAGACCAGCGACGCGACCAUCACUGUAGACGGGGGAGUAAGCACGCCCAUUCAAACCGAAAGGGCGAUUACGAGGAGGGGGAGGAAAUAACCCCCCAUAAUGGAUCCCCCAGAAUGAAAGAUAAAAAAAAGCACCAAAAUGGGGGUGCUGCUAAAUGUAAAGAAGCAAGAAGGAAGGAAGGUAAGCACAACUGGGGUCGUUUGUAUGGCCACUCGGAAGGUUCCCAAAGGAGUGGCAGCAUAUCUGAGGGAAGCAUCACCAGCCGUUCAGGCAGGCAUGCAAUCUACGAAAGGAUUAACCGCUGGGAAAUUUCCAGAUCGAAUAGUUCCCUUCAUGAGGAGAUCAAAAAAAGGGUUAAAAGUGGCGAUCCAAGUUUAGGCGCUCAUCAUGGGGGGAAUCGCCACUGUGGCCAUACCGCACAGGGGGAUAGACACCGUUGCUACUCUGGCGGCGAAGGGGAGAAGAAACCGAGUAGAGGCGCUUCCAAAUGGGAUGCUGCAGAGUCGUGGGUGGGGGAGGAGAAUAGACGCGACGAAUAUGUGCACAUGAGGGAAGAUGGCAUGAGCUCAAAUUGCAUAAUCGCACAACCUGCUGCUAAUCAGUUAUGUGGAAAGAACUCAAAGAUAAGAAGCAUCCCCCAUGUGAGUAGCAACCAGGAAGGCACACGCGAAAGGGGACAAUCACAUUGUAGUAGUGCAUCCCUCUGUAUUAACAGCUGCAGAGAAGAAGAGGUUACCCCCCCACGGUAUGGCAGCAGUUAUGGGAGAACUAGCGAGAUGGAAAAGAAACGAACCCUUCAGGAAAGCCAAAACAGUGUGGGACACAACCAGAUAGGUAACGAACGAAUGAGCUGCUCCCGUGAUGGGGAAACCAUUUUACGCAGUAGUGAAAAGGGAGAAAUAACGCAGGGAGGCUUCCCCAGCAAAACGAAUGAAUACCCGCCAAACGUUGACAGAGGAGAAGAUAACGAGCUGCUUCCUUCGCGAAGGGAUUCUCCUCUGAUGAGUUGUUCGGUGGAACCCAAAAGAGGAGAAGCUACACGAGGAAAUGUAAGUGAAAAGAUGGAAGCGUCUAAAUUAACCCCGAUGGUAAAACCACCCCAGUUUAACAUUGUGGGAAGCGCAAAUGCUGUGGAGGGACCAAUUCGUGCGGAAAAUCCCCACCCCAAUAAUCCCCCUCGAAAUAAUGGGCAGCAAAUUGUGCUAAGCAAAACGGUUAGCGGAGUGGUGGGGCUGAAAAGGGCCAAUGAGUAUAUGAAGAGCGAGUUAAAUUAUUAUCUCUCUGGUGGUCAUUUUGCCAAGGGGAGUCGUCACUGCUGUGAGGAAGCAAAUGGAAAAGUGGAAACCCCCUCGGAAGCGUUCAGCGAGGCAAACAGUUUUAGGAAUGGAAUAAUCAGGGUGGAUGUGGACCCCCCCCAGUGUUGCAGCAUCGGUGCAGUAGACACGGUUGACGCGGUCGGCGCGGUCAGCGCGGUCAGUGCGACGUUAGGGGGAGACUCUAACACAGCCAACCGUUUAGGAAACUACCAAAAGGGGGAGUCACAUGAAAGGGGUAGGAGCCAUGUGAGCAGUGGUAGCCUCUUCAGGGGGGGACAACACCGUUCUGGGAGUUUAGACCAUCCUAGUGACGACCACACAAAUGUGAAUGUUGCUAACACCGAAGUAGGUAGUGCACCCCUUAACGACCCACCUUCGAAUGGUGAAGAGGGAAAUUUCUCCAAAUUCAAUGAAGGCAAAAGCAGAAGCGGAUUCGAUCGACAGAAUGAAAAGAUAAAAUUUAACAAUGGCAUGUAUGGCUAUGCCGAUGUUGGUGCGAUUGCAGAUGUGAGGAUGGUCAACCCGGGCGAUACUACCAAUCUGAGGAAUAAUCACACGCUUUACGGAUACCCUAAUAAUGCCGUCCCCAUGAGCAAGCAAUAUUCUUUCCUGUCUGACCCUACACAUAGGCAGUUCUUGCCCCACCCCAGUGUAGCCCCAACCAGUAACAACUUCAACGGAAUGCACUACGCGAACAAGGCGGUGAGUAUGCCCAAUUUGGGAAACAUAAAUAUGCACAGCAAUUUAUUCAACGCUGGGAUUGGAAACAAAAUUGGCGACCCUGUUAAUGUAACGAGGAGUGACAUUCCCUCAGCUGCGCUUGCUCAGGCGAACCAGCUACCCCCUCAGCAGAUGAUGCACCCAAAUGUUAGCAAAGCGUUCCAUUUUCCGACUUACCAUGGAAAUGUUGCAAAUGGGUUAAAUUACAAUUUCGCCAACGUAGCGAAGAAUGACCUGUUAAUUAGUGACCGGCCUUACGGUGGGGACAUUUUCUACGACGGCAGUGGUAAGGCGUACAUGGUUGGCAGAAGCGGGGAGGCCCAUGCAAGCUCAGUGAACGCCCUCGGGAAUUAUGCCUUUCCCAGUUAUCACCUCGCGAUUGGUAGUGCGAAUAGGAGCAAUCUGAAUGGGGACGAGCUGACCGGGCAAGCCGGACAUGCCAGUUUGGCCCCCCCUCCUGCAAUGCUGCAUGGGGGCAGUGGCAGUGUCAGUGGUCUAAAGAAACCGUCCGUGUUGUUAUGA